AAUAUGGCGGCUUAUUGUUUGGAACCGAUGUGAAGCUAGUUAGGAUUCGUUCAAAAAUAACAAUAAAAAUGCAAUAAUAGCACUUUACAGUACUUAGACGUUUUUUAAAUGCAUAAAAUGGUUUAACUCAAAUCGUUUUGCUAUAAAAUGCUUUAUAUAAUUCGCAUAUAUUCCGCAUGGAUUGUAAACUCACCUUAGCUUCGUGGACAUGCUAGCCUUUAAGCUAUUUUAGAUACCACUGGUGGAAAUAAAUUUGAGUUUUUAUUUCUACAACCAAAUUUCUUCAAGUUGAUGCAAUGCUGGGAUUCUUAUCAGCAAGACAGGCCGGUGUGGAUGACCCUUUGCGACUUAGACGUGCUGAGUCAACGAGAAGAGUCCUCAGUUUGAAGCUAAAUCCCGACAGAGAUGUGGACCGGAUCCAUGGAAAUGGGAUUAAUACCAUUGACAUUGAUGCGAUUGAAGGCAGAUAUAUGUUGUCUGGAGGGGCAGAUGGCGUUAUUGUCAUCUAUGACCUGGAGAACCACAGUGGGAAACAACAGUACACCUGCCGACCUGUCCGGACUGUUGGAAGGUCAAGUCGACAUGUCCACAAAUUCAGUGUGGAGACAGUUCAGUGGUAUCCUUAUGACACAGGAAUGUUUGUCUCUAGUUCCUUUGACAAGACCAUGAAAGUGUGGGACACAGAGACUUUAAAGCCAGCUGAAGCGUUUGAGUUUGAGGGGAAUGUCUACAGUCACCACCUAUCACCCAUUGCCAGGAAGCACAGUCUCAUCGCAGUUGGUACCAAAAACCCUAAAAUUCAACUUUGUGACCUGAAGUCUGGUUCACGGAUCCACGUUCUUCAGGGUCACAGAGCAGAAGUACUGGCCGUGCGGUGGUCGCCAAGAUACGAGAACAUCUUAGCAACUGCCAGUGCAGACAGCAAGGUGAACAUUUGGGAUGUGCGGCGAGCUUCAGGUAGUCUUUUCACUUUGGAUCAGCACAACGGAGAGAAGUCGAAAGCUUCAUCACAAGCAGAAAACACAGCCCAUAACGGCAGAGUGAAUGGUCUGUGUUUUACUUCUGAUGGCCUUUACCUCCUAACCACCGGCACAGAUGACCGCAUGAGGCUAUGGAAUAGCGCCACAGGGGCAAACACACUGGUGAAUUAUGGGAAGGUAUGCAAUGAGAGCCGUAAACGGCUGCAGUUCUCCGUGUCUCACGGCUGCAGCCCAGAGUUUGUGUUUGUGCCAUGCGGCAGCUCGGUGGCAGUGUACGCGCUGCACACAGGAGAACUGAUCACUAUGCUGCGGGGUCACUACAACAACGUGGAUUGCUGCGAGUUUCACCCAGACUACCAGGAGCUGUACAGCGGAGGUAAAGACGGUAACUUGCUGGCGUGGGUACCCGUCGUCCGUACCGCAGACGUGGAAGAAGAGCCCAAUGGUGAAAAUAAGGUUGCUGCCAGCCUGUCUGCUGUGAACCCUGCCUUUCAAGACAAUUGGAGCAGCGAUGAAGAUUAAUAAGAAGGAUCGGAAUGUGUGGACAGCCGAGGCAUGCCAGAUAAACUUGCACUUAAUUAAAAGCUAGUGUAAGGAAUUCUCUUUUUGGGUUUAUGUAUACUGCUGCUGUCAGAUCUUUGACAGCAGAGACGGGAGCCUUCAAAACUCGUAGAAAUAUGUAAAUAUUUGUUUGUUGUUUUGUAGAACUAUAAUCAGUCCUAUGUUUAGAAACAUUUGAUACUAAAUUAUACAUUUUCCGUUGCUGUGCUAUUUUAAAGUGGCACCAAAGGGACCUUCUACAAGUAGAGCUCAUUUUCAAACUUUUUUUUUUUUACAUCAAUAAAAGGUUAUUUUCAAAAGUAAUUUGAUUUCGUUUUCAGUGUUGCAUCUACUUGUAUUUUGAAAACCAGUGGUGCUUUGUAACACUAUUUAAAAGCCUUGAACUUUUUUUUCAUUUUAUCAUGUUAAAACCACCAACCUCAAUGUAUUUUAUGAUCAUUUUCGAUGAUACGACAACACAAAGCAGUGCCUAACUGAAGUAGAAGGAAAGUGAUGCAUAGAUUUCUAAUUUUUUACAAAUAAAAAUCUCUAACAUGCA